AUGGAAUUCGACCUUUUAUGCUUUACGUUAUUUGUAUAUUCUCAAUUACCUAUUCAAUGGCUUGCUAAUACAUUAAGUCAUGAUGCUAAAUUUAAUGUUCGUAAUGAUGAUAUUAAGCCUCAAUCUAAAAUUUUGAAUAAUGAUGAAUGGAAAAUGCUUUACAAUUUAAUCUAUUUAUUGUAUGAAUUUGAACAAGCUACAGCUCUUCUUGGUGGUUCAAAUUAUGUAACCUUAAGUGCAAUGUUCCAUAUUAUACAACAAUUAAUUUAUAAUUUGCGCAAUAAUUAUUCAAAUAUUGAUGAUACAACUAUACAAGCUGUUUGUAAUGCAAUUUUGACAGAUAUGGAAAAAAGAUGA